AGUGCUCUGCGUCCCCGUAAAAAUUUUAUGCAAUCAGUUUAUUAAUAAUUUAUUGUAUAUUGUUCUUCUUCAUAUUGUGUUUUAUAUUAUAUUCUUUUUAUAUUUUUUACUUUUUUUUCCAUCUAUUUACAAUUUUCUUUCGGGACUUUUGUUAUCAUGUCUGCACCUAAGCCUAAGCCCACUAGAAGUAGGGACAAAUUAUCUGAUGAAACAAAAAAAAAAAUUGAAAAGUUUAUUUGUGGGGGAAAAAAAAAUAAUAAACGGUUAUGCGCUUAAUAUCAAUUACUAUGCAUAUAGGAGAGGUAAACCUGUCGUGCUCUCACCAAAAAUGCUAGUAGACUAGGUGCAUUAUCUAAAAAGCAUUCCAAUGCAACUGGUGAGAAUGAUUUAGACGGCGUAAUUGAAGAAAUUUUGAGGCAAUUAAUGGCGUUAGCCUACUUACCACCAAAUAAUAUACCACAGUCAUUGUGUACAAUAAUCGGUAACAUCAACAACCCUGAAGUAUUUAAAAAGAUGCAAAAGUUCUUCAAUUAUUACAUUAAACAGUGGAUCAAAGCUCGAGAGCCCGAAGAAUGGUCGCAAUUUUAUAAUAUUAGACGAACGAAUAAUGCCACUGAGUCGUGGAACCGCGAUCUUAAUGCCAAAUUCGGAAAACACCCGUCAAUUUGGAAGUUAACAAGAAAACUAGUAGAAGAGCAAAAUAUUGCUUACAGAGAAUAUUUGGCCAUAAUGGCAUUAAAAAAAAGGCAACGAGGCCAAAUUGAAAAUCGGCGCAAGUCUUGUAAGGUCCAAGAUCUUAAUGACCAAUUAACUUCGCGCCUUAUUUCACCGACUCAAUUUUUGGAAUUCGCCACACAGCUUGUAACUUUCCGUCGAAGCAAUUUAGAUGAAACUUCGACCGUCCAAAUUAACGAUGAAAAGCGUGAAAAUGAUGAACAGCGUGGAAAUGAUAAUGGCAAAAUUGAAAAUGAAAUUGAAAAUGAAUCUGAAAAUGAUGAACAGCGUGGAAAUGAUAAUGGCAAAAUUGAAAAUGAAAUUGAAAAUGAAUCUGAAAAUGAAGUUGAAAAUGAGUCUGAAAAUGAAGUUGAAAAUGAAUCUGAAAAUGAAGUGAAUGAGCAAGAAGAUGAUAUAGAAUAUGAAGAAGAAACAUCAGAAAACGAGUCAGAUGAUGAUAUAAAUGGGGGCAAUGAAGAUCAGGUGCCGGUGAAAGAUGAUAUUCUUCGUAGAAUACGAGAAAGUACCCAAAGAAAAAUACAAAUAUGUUGAACAUUUGCAGCUCAUGGCAAUCCAACGAUCGAAAUGGGAGAAGAAGAAAUUGGCAUGGAAGAGAAUAAAGAGAAUGAAGGGAAUGCCGUAAAAAACAAUUUAAAUAUUAAUGUAAAAAAAAUGAAGUAAUAAAAUUAAAAAUAAUAAAAAUAAAAAAUGGAAAGGAAGACCAGUGGACAAUGAAACAAUAAAAAUUUUAAA